AUGCAAAGUGUUAAAUUAGACAUUAAAAAAGAAACCGAAGAACUUUAUAUUACCAGUAACGGUGAUUCGAGUAGCGGAACGAAUAUCAAAUAUGAAGAAGAUAUACUUCUCCAAAAAAUUGGGCCUGUUAGCGUUGAGGAACAAAAGAAAUUAAGGUUAAAGUUAGAAACAACUUCAUGUCAUACAUCAAUUAAUAAAGUUCUUAGUCAAGAAAUCGGAGAACAGAUAGCAACAAACGCAGAUUUACUCCUAUCCGGAGAUCCCAUUCCAGACCAAAUUCUUGUCCAGAUUAAAUCAUUAGAAUUUGAUCCAUUACGGCAACCAAAUCCUAGUGCAAAGAAAUCUAUUCGCCUCGUUAUCCAUCCAGUAAUUUACCACACCAAACCAAGUGUCUUACUCGAAGAACAAAUGAAAAAAAUGUUUCUUUUUCCUUUCGAUUAUCAUUCAUUCGUUUUUGAUUCAAUGAAAAUAGACUUUUAUGAUUAUGGGACCUUCUUAAAUACAAAGAAAAAACUUGGACGCGCUUAUAUAAAAUUAAAUGCUUUAAAAAAUGCCAUUACCAAUAAAAAAGAAUUUGAAGGAACUUUUCCACUUGAGGCUAAGGAAUUUCCACAUAUGCAGGAAAUUGGUACCAUCAAACUAAAUAUAAAAUUCCAUUACCCUAACGACCCUCCCCUAACUCCAGUGGAUUCUCGUCCACCAGCAAUACGUGUCAAAUCGGCACCUCCAGUUCUUAAUGAUAGAGAUCUCACUACUGAAAUUGUUGAAGUUGAUGAUUUUGAUUAUUCUAAUCUUUUGAUGCAUCCUGAAGUAAGAUCCCUUGGCAUACUUGAUAUGGUAUUAUGUCAAGAGACUAGAGACGCAAUUAAAGAGAUUACAGUUCUUUAUAAUUCGUUUUUUGAUAAUGGAUGGAAGUUAACCAAAUUGGAAUUUUUAGAAGCAUAUAUGCUAUUAGAAAAAUAUUAUGCUCAAAAACCAAAUCCGGUUACUGGAAAUUUAAUCCACGAUGUGGAUAUAAUGCAAAAAGCUCAGAGAUAUUUGAAAUUUUCAAUGGCAUCAUAUGGAUCUUUUUUGUUUCAUUGGUUCGGAUAUGGACAUAAUAUGGCACCAUUAAGUGCUAUUAGAAUGAAUUCUGACAAAAGAAUUGUACAGGAUUUUUUUGGCCUUGAUAAACAAGAUUUCAUUUGUUGGGAGUAUGGUCAAAAUUUAGUUUCGGUACCUAGUUACAUGAUAAUUAGAGAUCCAGAGACAAAUGCUAUUAUUAAUGUUGCUGAUGUAAUCACCGAUGCUCUAGCACGUUAUGAACCGUGGAAUGGUGGUCUUGUUCAUCGUGGAGUAUUGCGUAGUGCGCAAUAUCUUGUAGAUCGUUCCUUAAAUGAUAUUAAAGCAGCAGUAGUAAAAUUUAAUGUAGAUUCCAUAGAAGUAAUAGGUCAUUCACUAGGUGCAUCUAUAUCAUCUAUUGUAACACUUCUUUUACGAGAAAAAUGUAAAGAUCUAAUUUUAAGUGGAAUUGAUAUUCGUGCAUGGAAUUUCGCAACUGCACCAUGCUGUUCUCAUGAUUUGGCAUGUAAACCUGAGACUUUGAAUUAUAUUUAUAAUUUUGUGAACGAAAAUGACGUUAUUCCGAGGUUGAGUUAUGGUAAUUUAAUGGAUUUUAAAGAGUUGGUUAAGUUUGCUGCUAAUGAAUUGAAAAAUGGUGAAUAUAAAAAGUUAAAAACAUCCGAAAAAUUUUCUAAAAUGUUCUUAACAAUCGACGCUUAUCGCGAAACUUUAAAAUCCAAUCCAACUUCUGGUCAAAAGUUAUAUAUUCCCGGAACAAUAUAUUAUUUAUAUAAAGGGCUUUAUCGUUCUUCUACGAAAUCAUCUUUAGUAUAUUAUACUAAAGAUAUAGUGUGUGAAAAAUCCACUCCAGAUUUAUUUACAGACAUUAGUUUACGUCGAAACUGGCUAUUUCAUCAUUUUCCAGAUAGAUAUGAUAAAAAAUUUAAAGGCGUUAUAAAAUUUUUGUUAAAAAGAAUUAAUGAAGAAGAAAUUGAUAAGGUAGAACAUUUUUGGAGGAAAUGGAGAAAAAUGGAUGAAUUCGAAUGUGUAUCAGAAGAAGGUGGAG